AUGGCUCUAAUAACUAUGUUUCCCAAUGAAAUUCUUUGCUCUAUUCAGGAAAAGCUUAGCACUCCCUUGGAUUUGAUCAACUUUGCGAGUCUCUGUAAAGGAUUUCGGCGCAAGUUCUACGGUGUACAAUUAUUCAAAGGGGACAUAGUCAUCUACAAACGGCAUAUAGAAGGCCAAGGCGAGGAGGCGACCAUCAUAACGCUCCUUUUGCGCGUGGCUAUCUACUGCGAGGACCUGGAUCUAGUGAAUACUGGCAUCAACGUGUAUGCAUCCAACUUCCCUGAAGCGUUUUGGGGCAAAUUUGGACCAAAGAUGAUUGGUCCAAUAGAUUGUGCAGCCAUUGAUGGCAGACUGUCAGUCGUUCAGCAAUUUGCUGAACUUCCAGCCUUACGGCCUAGGGACCUUUACUUUGAUUCUUUUCUUGCGAAAUUGCAAUUAUGGAACUACCCUAUGUUGACCGAUGAAGACGGCUGGAAAAGUCACCCAUUACAAGAUGCGUUGUUUAAUGCUAUCAGAUUCGGCAAGAAAGAGGAAGUCGCGUUGUAUCUAGCCCAAAUCGACGGCGGAUUUUGGUUACAUCCAUAUUUUCUCAGAGAGGCAGCCAAGAAUGGGAUGCCCCGAUUGCUGUCUUUACUACUAUCCAAUGACAAGAUAGACCAGACUGGUAAGGCACAAAGAUUGUUGGAUGCUCUCCCGGGAUGUGAAAGACUAGAUAGACGAGGUACAGCUUACCAGGUCAUUGAAGUACUGGUGGCUGCUGGUGCUCGUUUUGAUGGUAUGAGACCUCUAGUUACAGUGGUGUUUGGUCCUAUCGCCGAAGCAUUUACAUCCAUCAGGACCUCCUGUCCCUCUAAUGCAAUUGCCAUAGCGAGAUACCAGCUCGACCAUGGAGGUCUAGAUGUUGGUGACUUACAAGUGGCUUUGAAGCGUGCGGCAGCAUCCGACUGGUGUCUUGAGUUCACCAAGGCGCUUUAUCCGGAAGCUCUACCACGAGUCGCCAAUCCCGAGGUGCUCAAGUCUUCGUUACUUGACAGCGCAAUUGAGGGUUCUUUAGGGGGUCACACCUGUUCUUACUUGUUAAUGAAUGGCUGUACCCCUACUUUUGCGCAAUGGAAAUUGGCCUUGCGAGUCUCGAACUUGAUUAUUAUCGAUUUCUGGAUGGAACACACACCAGAGGCUCAUCAGGACCUCAACAAGAGAGAUAUUCGUUACAACGGCCUAAAUGGUAUUACGGCUCUGGAUUGGGCUUUGAUGUCCUUGGAAUGGUUGCCGGGGAGAGUUGGAAACGUCAGACAGUUCUGUGCAGUAUUGCGACUGGUUUACCAUGGUGCAGAUGUUAGCAAAGUGCCUGGAAUUGCCUGUCGUAACUUCUUCAGGUGCUUGGACGGGCACAUGGAAUUGAACCUAGAAUUACGCAAAGCUGUUGAAGUUAUGAAUGGUUCGACAGCCCUUGUCAUUGACUCGGCCCCCGAGUUAUGCACGGGUAGAGGUACAAAUGAGGGUUUGCUUAAGCAGAUAGCAAUACUGUGCAAGCUGCUAUCUAAUAGCGCUUUCAACCCUCCCUCGUCGACGUUCAUCAACUGUGACUACCGCAAUUACUGGAGGUAUUCUGCUUAUUAA